AUGAGAUAAACCAAAAAAUCUGGGAUUGUUAAAGAAAUUACCAAGCAAACUCCAAUAGUUUCUUACACGUCACAAGCUAGAGUAGGAAGACCUGCACCUUAGUUUUGUGCAAUGGCAUAUGAUUAGGGCAAUUUUAGAUAAAUAAGAUUGGAUGACUAUUUAGGAUAAUAUGUUUUGCUAUUUUUUUAUCCAUUUGAUUUUACCUUUGUAUGUCCUACUGAGAUAAUUUCUUUUUCUGAUGCAUAACCACUUUUCAAAAAAAUAAAUUGCCAAGUCUUGGGUUGUUCUAUUGACUCUCAUUUUGUUCAUUCAGAAUGGGUUUAAACUCCUAAAAAGAGAGGAGGAUUAGGAAGUAUAAAUAUUCCAUUACUAUCAGAUAUGAAUAAGUAGAUGUCAAAAGAUUAUGGAGUAUUAAUAGAUGAUGGUGAUAAUAGAGGAGCAGCGUAUAGAGGAACAUUUAUUAUAGAUAAAAAAGGAAUAAUUAGGCAUUUAUCUAUUAAUGAUUUGCCUGUAGGAAGAAAUAUUGAUGAAUAUUUAAGAUUAGUUGAAGCAUUUUAAUUUACAGAUGAGCACGGAGAAGUUUGUCCUGCAAAGUGGAGGCCAGGUGGCAAAGGAAUGGUACCAAACCAUUAGUCUGAAAAGCUUAAAGAAUUUUGGGAAAAAGAAUUUGACAAGAAAUGA